AUUAAGUUCGACAGACGAUAAAAGGUUUUAUAUUUAACCGAAGGUGGUAACACUAUAAUGCUCUAUAUAAACCAGGGAACGUGGGGGGUUCAUUUAGCCGUUGAUUAUUCAGAGUAGAGCAAUCCCGUUAUUUCUAAGGAAAUCACCGAUGGACAGAAGUUUGAUAUUGGCCUGGAUUUUGGUCCUCUGCACGGCAACGUCUCCAUUGUGUUGCAAAGGCUAUUACUCCAACAGCGUCCUUUAUGUUCCUCCUGCAAAGAAAGUAACCUAUCUCCACUUCUUUUUACAUGACACUAUGAGCGGUAAAAACCCUUCUGCAGUGAUGGUAGCCCGUCCAAACAUGACAACCGCCUUCAACAAAGCACCGCCGGCCUUCGGCAGCGUGUUCGCGACGGAUGAUCCACUCACCGUUGGUCCUGACCUAACAUCAGAGGUCAUUGGAAAUGCUCAAGGCCUCUGGGCGUUGACUGGCCAAAACGUUCCAUGUCUGACAGUGUACUGGGAUCUUGGGUUUACUCAGGGUAAAUUCAAUGGUAGCUCUAUCAGCGUUUUCUCAAGGAAUCCAAUUACACAGACGGAGCGUGAGCUAGCGGUGGUCGGAGGGAGAGGAAAGUUCAGGAUGGCGACAGGGUUUGCAAAGCUUAAGACUUACUUCGUGAAUUUUACGAGUGGUGAUGCCAUCGUGGAGUAUAAAGUGACUGUGAUUCAUCACUAAGAUGACAUUUGCCAGUUGUCUUCCAUGUUUGUCUAGUAAUUUUUUUUUUUUUUUAUUUCUACCAAUAAGGUUGGCUCCCUGAUUGCUUAUGGUGGGUUUGCAUUUACUACUUACCGGGCGUUGACAGAUUGUAGGGACUGAGCUGAUUCAUAUACCAUGAUGUUCAUUUGUUUGGUGUUUAGCCCACUCUAGGGCAGAGAUUAUUUCCCUUUUAUGAGCUGAUUUGAUCUUUUCUAAUAAAAUCAAUUCUCUCAUUGAA